CAAUCUACUAACAUACGCACUUUCCUCUUCCUCUUUUCCACCUGAAAUACAAAACCACUACCCCACCCCCACCCCCACGCCCACUACCCAUCAAUUUUUCUCUAACAUGCACCAUUACCUCCUUUCUUCCUUCAUCACCAUGGCUCCUUCUUCUUCUUCUUCUUCUUCUUCUUCCCUCUCCAAACCCCUAAAGAAAACCUCAAACUCAAACCCUAAUUCAAACCCCACAAAUUCCCCAAAUUGCCCUUCUUCCCACCAUAACCUCUGUAAUCACUCCCCUUCAGCUACCCUUGAUCUUCUAAUAUUCAUUCUUGUACUUUUUUCUGGUGCUUUCCUCAUCAUUUCCUACUUCUCAUACAUCUUUAAUUCAAUUUCUCUCCUUUUCCCAUACCCACCGUCACUUUUACUCAACACCCUUUUGACCCAUCUCGAAGAAGUGGACGUUUGGACCCACUACAUCUUUUACAUAUUCUUCGUUAUUGUUUUCGUUGUCGUGGUGCUUUUCUUUGAGAUCUGUUGUGGGUUUGGGUUUAGAUCAAGGAAAUGUGGGCAAAAUGGGUGUAAAGGGUUGAGAAGGGCUAUGGAAUUUGACUUGCAAUUGCAGGGUGAAGAGUGUUUGAGAUCUGGGUGUGAGACGAAAGCUGUUAGAGAGAUCAAUCAGUUGCCUUGGAAAGGAGGGAGUGAGAAUAAUCCAGAUUAUGAAUGUCUUCGUGCUGAGUUGAGAAAAAUGGCACCACCCAAUGGACGUGCUGUGUUGUUGUUUAGGUCUAAAUGUGGGUGUCCUGUUGCUAAACUUGAAGGUUGGGGUGCUAAACGAGGGCGUCGGCACAAGAAGACUCUGGCAAUUAAUGGUAAGGCGGAUCAUCGCUGAAUGUUGAAUGAUUGCAUAUGGGGGAUCUAGUUUGUUACCUUCUGAAUAUCAGAAGAAUGGGAGAUUGGUAUUGUUGUUUAGAACCAUUUUUUGUUGAUCCCCAUUGACAGAGAGCUCCUUGGAACUUACUUAAGAACAAUGCUCAAUGUGUACAAACUAUAGACAGACCUUAUUUUCUUUCCUCAAGAAGCACAUAUCAUAUAAACAUGAAUAAAUUACAUAAUUAGCAGUUACUUUCUCAAA